AUGAAGUUCGCAGCCAUUCUCUCUUACGUCGUCGUCGCCCUCGUCGCCGGUGCAGUUGCCGACCCCCAGUUCGGUGGUCGCCAGGGUAAUGGCAAGGGAGGUUUCGGCGGUUUCGGUGGAGGCAACAACAACAACGCCCAGGGAAACAACGCCGGAAACAACGGCCAAAAUGCUAACGGUCAAAACAACAACAACGGCGGCGCUAACAAUGGCGGAACGGGCACCGACACUGCGUCUGCAGCCGCAAGUGCCACUUCUGCAGCUGCUGGUGGAAACACCGGUAACAACGGUGGUGGUAACAAUCAGGAUGCGCAGGACAGCACGACGCUCGACCCCGCUGUGGUUGCUACCGGCUUCGCUCAAGACGGUCAACAGUCGCAAGAAGCGGGUCAAGUCGCUUCUCUCACGUCCACGAACAACUUCAUCAACUUCUGCUUAACCGUUAACAAGCCGAUCACUAACGGUCAACAGAUCAAGACUGGUUCUUGCAAUCCGGCCCCAAUGGGUGUCAUCGCUGCAACAACGAACAUGCCCUCGUCCAAGUUUGUUUUCCCACCUAACGGUGCAACAAUCCAGGCGAACCAGGAGUUCACUAUUCAGAUGGCGAUCAGCAACAUUGAGACGGGUAACUUCGUGAACGCACAGAGCAACUACUACUCUGCUCCUCAGCAAGUAAAUGCACAGGGUGACAUCAUUGGACACACUCAUGUCACUGUCGAGCAGCUCUCCUCACUCGACCAGACGACCACGACGGACCCGAACAAGUUCGCCUUCUUCAAGGGUAUCAAUGGAGCUGCGCAAAACGGCGUCGUCACUGCUGACGUUACGGAUGGUCUUCCCGCUGGUGUUUACCGUAUGGCCUCGAUCAACGCUGCUGCAAACCACCAGCCGGUACUGGUCGCUGUCGCCCAGCACGGUUCUCUCGACGACAUGGUCUACUUCACCGUCUCGGACAACGCUGCUGCUGCAAACAACACUGGUAACGCAGGCGGCAACGCUGGUAACAAUGCGGGCAACGCCGCUGGUAACAACACGGGCAACGCUGCAGGCAACACUGGUGCUAACGGCCAGAAUGGUGCCAAUGGUGCUAACGGUGCCAAUGGUCAGAACGGUGCUAACGGACAGAACGGUGGUGCGCAGGGUGGUGCCAAGCAGGGUGGCGCUGGCGGCUUCGGUGGUGCAAAGGGUGGUCAGAACGGUCGUGGACGCGGCCGUGGUCGUUCCCUCCGCUUCGCUCGUGACGCAUAA